AUCCUUCUCUUCAAACCAGAAAACAGAAACUUCCACAGUAUUGAGGAAACCGACCAUGUCUAUCACCAUCUUCAUGCUGUGUUUGUACCUGAACAUAGCUUAUUCCGACAAGAACAUGAGUGAUGUCGGAUUCAUGUUUGGUGGAUUCUUCAAGUUGGGAGGAGCCAGUGAUCAGGAGCUCAAAAAUUCCAACAUGUCAGCACAAGAAAUACAUACCGAUGGCGGCCUAAGUGAAGCUGGGCAAGUCUUUUACAAUCUUCCUCUUCAAUUCAAGAAUUCCAAUACUACUUCUGUCUUCUCUUUCUCCACCACUUUCAUCUUUGCAGUAGUAACCACCGAUCCUAGAUUUCACGGCCAUGGACUCGCCUUCGCUAUCUCGCCUACUAGAUUUAUUCCUGGAGCUCAGCCAAACCAAUAUCUUGGCCUCUUCAAUUCCACCUCCGAUGGUCAAAGUUCCAAUCAUAUUGUGGCAGUAGAGCUUGACACUGACCAGGACUUUGAGAUUAGUGAUAUUGAUGAUAACCAUCUUGGCAUUGAUAUCAAUAGCCUGAAAUCCGCCAAUCGAUCUUCUGCAGGUUACUAUAAUGAUCGUGGUGUUUUCAGAAGGAUAGAUCUCUCAAGUGGAGAACCGUUUCAGGAUGAACGGUCAAGCUCAGGAGAUUCAUCUUUCUCGCCUUCCUGACAUUCCUGGACUUUUAGAUCCAAAUGACAUGGGCGGAGGUGGGAGAGUCCACAAGAAAAUAUUGAUAGCUAUAUUAUCACUAGUGGGUGCGGUUAUCUUUCUAAUCUUGAUCU